AUGUGUGUAGCACAGAUGUCUCAACAAAGUGGAUACUAUAAAAGUAAAAGUCAAGUCAAGAAUAGUUUUGACUUGAAGCCAAAAAGAACUUACCAGAAAAUUCAGCGCAAAACGCACAGCGUUAAUAAUCCUCCUGGGAAAGGUCAGUUGAAAGAACAGACAUACAGCAAAGUUGACAAACAUCAUAAUGGAUAUCAACUUACACAAAAUAUUAAUCCAAUACAAAAAUCAGAAGAAAAUCUGGUUAAAGAUAAUAAAGUGUCAAGGAUUUUCUCAAGUGAAAGUUCACCAGUUCCUGAAGUGUCAUAUUUAAGGAAUUCUGUAUCAUUUAAUUCCCAGUCUAACCGAAACAUUCACUAUGCAUUUAAGGGAUCCUCUAAUGAGGUCAAAGUAAAUCAUUCAGGAGAAAACGGCUUUCAGUCCAAUCAUACAAAAACUAAUGUGCUUUCACUUGUCGAACGCAACUUAGAUAUGGAAAAGCGUUUUGUUGAUGAUCAAAAUUAUAAGUUAAAAGAAAGUGGUGGCGUUUGCUUAGAUCAAUCAUUUACCACAGAAAUCCACCCUACUGAGGAAUCAGACAAUGAUUAUUCUAGUGAUUUUAGUGACGAAUGUUCUUCUAUUUCAUCUAUCGUAUCGUCCAAGACCCAGGAACUACUUUCUGUGGACAGACCAAACAAUCAUAAAGAAAUGACCGGAAUUUGUGAGUCAGUUUUAACGACCCGGACUUCUGGUUUUACUAUGCCAGUUAAGGUAAUCGGCAGUACUAACGAUGGGAUGGACAUGAAGGUUAUAGACUUUGAACAGUCAAACAGACUACCAAGUCAUCAUUAUAUUUCUUCAAAUGUAAAGCGUAGAGCAAAAGACUUAUUGAAAUUGGUUUGUCUAUCUUUAAAUGAGUUUACCAAUGUAUUCGAGUUAAAACCAAUAGAUGGUUAUGGAUUUUAUAUACUACAUUCAAAUAAAUGUAAAAAUUGGAAUCAUUGUUAUGUUCAAACAAAUGAUGAUGCAUUUCAUAGAGAAGUACAAACUGAACCAAUUGAUAUCUCUCAUGAUGUAUGGACUCAACAACCAUCCGAUGAGAAUGGCGAAUUUUGUGGAAGGGUUGGUAGCAACAAUAAUUCUCAUAUAAAUGGUUCCUAUAAUUUAUCUUAUUCUAAUGAUUUCAAUCAUGUUUCAUCCAAGACAAUUCUACAUGAAUUAGCUAAAGAAUUUUGCCUGGGAGUUAACACUUAUAAUACUGCUGUAAAUGAUGAAGUUGAGCAUGUUACUAAUACUUUCUCAAUAAACGAAUUCAAUACACCUGAAAAUUCCACCUCCAUGAUGAAUCCCAAUCAUCGAUUACCUGAUAGUCUAUUAGAAAAUCUUCAAUUAAUGUUGAAUUUAAUCAAUGAAGAAACUUUAGCAAAUUUGUCGUAUUUAUCCAAGGAGAGUAUCACAGAUCAAAAUGAUUUGCAGUCGACUGAAAAUGAUUUUGUAGAGAUAUUUUUUCAGUUGAAAGAUGACUGCUUUUCAGUAGAAUCGAAAUUUGACCGUGGUUAUAAUGACAUUCAAAAUAAGGAGUUGCAAAAUACGCCAUCUAAAAAUAACGUUACCACAGUUGAUGCAAAUGAAAUAAGUAAACUUCAAAGCUUCUCCUACUUUUGGGAAAAUUAUGAAUGUGUUGCGUGUGAUUGUGCACCACAAAACCAAACAGUAAUUUUAACCAUUCAUCGACCAGUUAGGCUUAAUCAAGAACAAGAAGAAAUAAAGAGUCUUUUUAAUUAUAGCAGAAGUGCUGGUGAAUUUAUAUGUAUAUGGACAGAGAUUGGUGUGAAACUAUUGCCUGACCGUCUACUUUAUUGUCCAGGCUUAUCAGAAACUGGUCUAAAAGGCGCCAAUUUAAAUUGUGCAGUAUUUAGUCCAGAUAAUGAUGCAAAUUUGGUAAUUGCUGGUCUACACGACGGAGGUCUGUCUAUUUGGGAUCAACACAAGUAUUCCAAUGAAAUACCUAUGAAGUCAACAAGUUUAUCGAUUUUAGAUGACGUUCAACAUCAGUCUGUUUCCACAGGACUCAAUGAAUUUUUAAACCUGCCUGUUUUGUUACCAACCUAUAAAACAUCACUUGUAGAAUAUAAAGAUUCCACAAAUACAUGCAAGCUUCAAUCAUUGGUCAACUGUGUGACUCAACAACAUAAUCACUUUAGUCCAAUUAUAUCUGUUAAAAUUGCAGUCGGUGAUCAUCAUAGGUAUCGUGAACUAGUAGAUGAAUCAACUACAGAUAUAGAUAAAUUUCAAGUGCUUGCAUUAGACGAAAUUGGUAACAUUAGUUUAUGGCUAGUAUUGAUGAAUCAAAAGUAUAGAGUGCAAAAUACUAUAGAAAGCUUUGCAGGCUCACAAAUAGAUUACUGUUUAUCUCCCGGCACCAGUCGUUUACGUAUAAUUCGCUUACUGUUCAUCGAGUACAAAUCAACACAGAUAAAUAUUCCGCCUUCAUUAACAGAAAAUAGUCUAAAAUUUCAAACAGAAAAGAAUAAUUGGAAUCUGUCAAAUCGGUUGAAUAAUAAAGUUAUAACCACUUGUUUAGCCAUAACGAAACAUGGGAAUUUCUUGAUUGGUUGUAGCAAUGGUCAAAUUAUACAUCGCGGACGUACACCUAAUCAAACAGUUUAUCCUAAACUAUUUUCACGAAUAUUAUGUUGUUCAGCUGUACAGACAGUAGAAACGCAUCCAAAUGCAGAAUUACAUAUAUUUAUUGCAGGUUAUACAGAUGGUAAAAUUUGUUUAUAUAAAACAAAUUACUUUCAACCUGUACUUGAAUGGGAUGUUACGUCAUCAGUGCCAAUAACAAAUUUAUCCAAAAUAAAACUAACUAAAAAUAAAGAUGACACAGUAGCACCAAUUUCAGAAUCAAUAUCAAAGAUUUCAGUUAAUCGUUCAUUUAUUAGUAUUCGUAAACUUAUUUGGUCAGCUACUCGUUCUUCAGUAUUUUUCAGUUUGGAUUCAAAUAAUCAAAUAAUUUUAUGGGAUAUUGUAAACAUAUUCAACCUGGCUAAUAAUUCUUUACUCUUAAAUGAUACAGAAUCUAGCUUGAAGAAUGAUUAUCCGAUAAACGUGAACUUGAAUGAUAAAAAAAUACUGUCUUGUCAAAUUAAUGAUAUUUGUAUAAGUAAAAUGUCAUGUUCGAGAAAUAUUAACCGAAUUUCAUCAUCCUCAAUAGCACCGAUUUCGACUCAUUCAUCACCUUUAUUCAUUUUAUUCUAUCCGCAUAAAAUUAGCAUACACUGGAUUAAUUCCCGUUGGAUAAAUGAAUCAGUGAACGAAAAUACUUUAUUAAUGAAAACCCUCGAUAAUUUCAGUAGUAUCAGUUAGCCUAAAAUUUGAUAAUUUAUACCUAUGAAUGUAAUUUUUAUUGAUUGGAUACUCGAUUUCGAGUAUUUCUUUAUGUUUCUUUAUUGUUCAUUCUAUUGAAGUGAAGUAAGCAGAUGUACAUAAUACUAAAUGUAGAUGAAUGAACCAUUAUUAUUAUUGUUUCCUUGAAUACGGAUCUAUUCUUAUGUAUGAAAACACUUUUCUGUUCGAUAUUCUCACAGUCCAAAAAAUUUACAUUACAAGACCAUAUACUAGUGUUAAGUAAUGACUGUAUCAACCGUAUUUUUUAAACAAUUUUAAUCAAUCCUUCAUUGUUCAUGAGAAAAAAAUAAACAAUAUAUAUUUCUUCGUUUUUAGCUAAGAAUACUUAGUCGUCGAAUACAGUUGAAAUAAGUUGGACGAAAGUUAGAAGCGGAAGUGGCUGGUGUUUUUCAGUGAAGGGAAUAUCAAAAGCGUACAUCAGCUUGGUAUGGGCUUUCUAACCAAACACUAUCGAUCGAGUUAGCACUUGUGGAGAACUUUCAUCGGUUUUUUUCAAACUUAAAACUAUGUUCGUCCAAGUUAUCCACUGUCCCUUUAUCUAUUCAAUUUCCUUAUGAAUCUCCUCCUAAAAUUCAAUCUUUCCUUACUUAUUUAUUCAGUGGUCUACCUCCUAUUAGAUAAUCUACUCCCCGACUUGGAAUAUGUGGAUGGUAUAGUUCUGUUUGUUUGAGACCUCGAUACAAUAUUGAGUCUUCUGAUCACCUUGAGAGACAAGGUAAACACGUUUCUUACGCACAUACUUCUCCAUCUAAAUGCAAAUGUUUGUUCAGGGACUAGUUGGAAUCAAGAUUUGGACAGAGAGAUGGAGUUGGGCACGUCGAUCAUUUCACUUAUCUUAGAUGUUUCAUCCGUCUUGAUGGGUCAGGGUUUGAUGAAAUCUCAAUACGGAAUCAUCAAUCUCGACUGUGGCUCGCCAGCUUACGCCACAUAUGACAUUGAAGUAUAUGCGUUUCAAGCAAAUAGUGAGUAACGCGCCCAGCGGUGCACUAUGUAUUAUUGCAUGCCUAUGAAACACGGUUUACGAAAGUACACAAAAAGUGUAGAAUACGUGUUGCUUGUCACAGAUGUCUCAGAAUGAUUGACCACGUGAAUGAGUAGUGUUUAGGUUAGGUGUAGGAUUCGUGGCAAAAGUGGCCAGUCAGUUGAUGAGGUUAUGAACCUUAAUUAACUGAAGUGGCUGGGACAGGUGUGACGUAUAUUUAAUCACCACCUGAUUGAACGUGUGCUGCUUGCUGGUGUAGAAAUGGGUUGGAGGGAAGCAAUGAGUUGUUAAAUCAAAAUGUGUCACCAUUGCAUGAAGUCAUUGAAUGUUGGUUGGCUGGAGUCAUGCUGGUGGAUGCAGACUACAUGUUUGUUAUCGGCAUGAUGACCGUGAUCAGUGGUUAUGGAGUUCGGAUGGAGUUGUUGAUAAUCAGUUAAAAUGACGUGAAUGAAUCCAUUCAUUAUUUUGAAUUGUAGUAUUUCUUCAUACAUACCUUUUCAUCCUUUUUUUCACACCAUAUCCUCAAUGUCAAGUAUCUUCUAUAGUCAUUGAAAUGACUAUCUGUCCAGGUUCAUUUUAAGUUUUGAGACAUCUAUUCUUUAGAAAAAAUGUAUUAACAAUUAUGCUUAAAAUUUAUGCAGUAAAAGACUUUUUCUGAAUGUUACUUGGAUCUAUUUUUUGUCGGAAAUAUUUUAAAAUGACAUCAAAACUAUUUAUCAUUUCUAACACUUCAUACUAUGUCUAGAAAGCAGCAAACCAGUUUGCAUUUUAUCCAUAACAGUAUUUUUAAGAAAUGUCAAAAUAUUAUGAGAAAUAUUUACAAUCUUUGUCGCACUAUAAUUUACCGAAUUACAAAUAAGUCAUUUUACAAUCUAUAAGGAACAAAAGUUCAAUUAAACUUGAUAGACUACUAACACUAAUACACUAUGUUUAGAUCGAUGUUUUAAGUAUUUCAUCUACAGAGAAUUAAUAAAAGGUGAACUUGAUAUCGUUUCUGGGUUUUUGAAUCUUUUUACUAAUUUAGGUUUCAUCAUAUCAUUUGAUGAUGCAUGAAAGAGACCGUUAGUUUAUAUCUCUUACGCAUAUGAACGAAAUAGUAACUACACAAAAAUCUUUAACUGUUAACAACAACUCAUAAUUUAAAUGAGUGUAUAUUUAAGUAUCUUUUAAAAUGGAUGUGCUGAUCAUUAAUUAAAUAUAUACCGCUAGGUUUAAACUAUAUCCUUUUAAGAAACAGCUGUUAUUAUUGCUUUAUUUGUUAUUUUAUUUCGUUUGCAUUAAAUAAAAUGAACAAGACCGCGAUUACGUUCGGAUGUUAGGUAGUUAGAGGUAAUCGACAAGAAACCGUAGACCGAUGUUUCGUGGUACUUGGUGUUCCCCAACAAAAUGUACCUGUAAUCUUGAGGGAAUUGAUCUUCUCUGGUGCAUUAGAUUUCAUGUCGUCCAGUUGCGUAGCUAGGUCAUUAGAAUUCGGUCACCAGUAAGAAUGACUACCUACAUAACACUGAUCACUACUAAGUGAUAGGUCAAUUGUGCACAUACUUCCAUUUAUUUAACUGGAACUGAAAGUGUUAUAGGAAUCCGUAGUUUUAAAAGUUUUUACAUAAAUAACUUUAAAAAUAUUAUUGAGAUCACGAACCAAUCUAAGUUAGAAGAACAUUCAAAAUCAGGAAGCAUUUGAUGGAUGUUUCGUCCACAAACCCGUAGUUCCAAAAAAUAUUAGUCAGCUCAUAUGUUAUGUGGAUACUUGCAGUCUUACAUAUUGCAUUUUCACUAUUUUGUCUUUUAAUUAUACAUCUAGAAUGUAAACACGAGGAUCACUGUAUACCGUUAGUCGAGAAACUUAGUCGAAUAUCCAUCGCGCAGUAUUUUACCAUUAUUAUGAGGGUUUAAUAUUUUCUGAACUAUACCAUACCGUGAGAGGUGUCUAGGGUAAUGUUUAACAAGACAUGUGAUACUGGACAGAUCCUAAAUUAGAAAUGUCCAAUGACUUAUUCACAAUCUAAUCAAAGAUUCUCAUAUUUCACAGCAAAACGAUACUAUUCACUCACUUAUUUCAAAUCGAUUGGGCCAUAUUUUUUUACAUUAGCCAAUUAGUGGUACAUCAGGAUCCUCAUUCAUCCUUGUUGUUGAGUUACUUAACUAAUCCUGACUUGGCCAACUUUACACGUCACAACUUCUAAUUAGAAUGAUAGACUUUGUGAUUCACCAAUACACUUGGAGGUCCUUGACUCAGUUUUUAUGGGGUUAUGAGUGGGAACCUCUGAAAAAACUUAAAAUAGAACGCAACAACCAGUGAGGGUUCUGAGAACUUUGGGAGUUUUCAAAUUCAUAUCACUUGCCAAGUAAAUUUGCAUUUAGUGUUUUGUUGAACAAAGCCUAUGUACUAACAUUUUCGUUUCAAUAUAAAAACCAGUUUAAAUGAAAUUGUAAUUCACUUUGUUUACUGUGAUAUUUUGGAUUCAAUUAACAGAAAUAAUAAUUUUUAAUAUAUUUACAUGGUGUCUUUGUUAAUGUUUUGUAAAGGAAUGAUAAUAUAUAAUUGUAUGGAUUAUUUUUCUAGAUUCACUUUCUACCUUUGAAAUUUUAGCCAAUGAACUAAAUUGAUCUCAAAUGAAAUUGUAAAACAAACAAACAAUUCAGAUAAAAUGUUAUAUUUUGACUUUCAGUACUUUAUGAAAUAUACGUUUGCACAUACGCAUACAACAGAAAAAUAAAGAAACAUAUUUGGAAAUAAAAGAUGAAUAUUCUUCUUUUUUUUACCUAACAGCCUGAUGACUUUAUAACAUUAAGGUUAUCUUUAUCUUAUUUGUUAUAUCUAAUGUAUUUGUAUGAUUUUGUUUCCAGUGAACUUUAUAACACACACAUACACAUUACAUUUUAGAUAAAAGGACAGAAGAGAACUGAAUAAAAAAAGGAAGAAAUCGUGUCAGUUUGUCAGAGAGAAAAGCAAAAUAAACUAAAAAAAAGAGCCAAACAUAAUAUUAACAGUGAUAAUUAAUAUGUACAUUAAGUUUAUGGAUAUACGUGUGCACUUGCGUAAUAUAAUCGAUUAUUGUGUU